AUGGAAAAGAAGGGAGCAGAGCGGUUCUGUGGUUCCUGCAGCGCCCUUCUGUCAACAAAAUGCGACAAAGGCAGCUGGACCGUCGCGGGGUCUCCACACACGCAGGCACAGGCGGACGGUCUCGCCAUUCCGCGCGUGUACGCAUUGUCUGACCCUGGGCCUAUUCUUCAAUUGCAGGAGACGCACGCUGAGAUGCUGGAGCGGGAGUAG